AUGAAUUAGGAUCAGAAAACUAAAGUGUAUGAGAUUCUCAAAUCUGUGAAUCUUACUAUCAAUUCGAUUAAGGAUUCCAGUACAAUUUUGUUGCAAUAUUGCAGUGAGGAUUAUAGAGAGGAUUUCACAAAAUUAUGGGAUUAAGUGUUUUUGGAAAAGAGAGGAGUUGAGAAGGAUAGGAUAGGGCUUUUCUUCAUUUUACAUGAACUUCUUUAUCGCUCUGAAAAUGAAAAGUUCAAGGAAGGAUUCUACAACGUUAUAUUGCAAAAUGUUUUGGGUAUUAAAGACACUGAGCAUAGCAAGUUGAAGAAUGAGAUAUUAAAGCUGACUAAAUUGUGGAUUGAUCACAAGAUUUUUGAUAAGUAGAAAAUCUUUCGUCUCACUAUGAAUUUAGGUAUUGAAGAUCAGUCUGUUGAUGAAAUGCUGAAGGCUCAGCUACCUGAAAACUUGCCUAAUCCUCCUAAUGAAUUAGUUAAUUUUGCAUAAAACAUCAGAGACUUAAAGAAAUUCAAAGAAAAGGUUAAAGAAAAUAAUUAAAAAUUGUAACAAACUUAUGACAUAGUUUAAUAGUAAGCAAUGGGAGGCUCAACUGAAAAUGUCUCUGCUUAGUCUAUUAAUGAUGAUAUUAACAACAAUGUAGAAUAGUUAAAGAGACACUUGGAAUUAGAAAAUAAAUACCGCACCUAAGUAUUGAAGUAUUACAAAGAUAUCUUAAACUUCUUAGACAAAGAGCACAAAAAAAAUGUGGUUGAAUUAAAGUUAUUUAUGCAAAAAAUAGCAAAACUAGAAUAAAUUCGUGAUAAUAUUGAACUUCCAUGA